AGAAGUUACAAGUUUGACAAACAAACAUUUCUGCCAUGACCAAGACCUGAGAUAUGGAGAUAUCAAAUACGUAUACAAUACCCUUGUUAGAGUAUAUAUAUAUCUAUGUAUAGGAGGGUAUAUUAGUGAUUGUCAUUGUAAAUAGGGUUUUACCAUAACGCUAAAGCGUAUUGUAUUUUGUCUAUUUAAGCUCGGGAUGAGCCGUGUCAAUCCAACAGGGAUUCGUGAGUCGUAAUCCUUUCUUGUCCGUCAUCUUUGUAAACCCUCAAUUAAACUUUAGCGCAAGAAACAACGACAAUCAUACUUCUUCAUUAGCUUCAAAACCUUCUUUCUCUCUUCUAUUGAAUUUGAUUUUAAUUCCUUCGGCCGGUUUGCUAUAUUGCUAUGGGUGUGAAAACUAAGGGUCCGGCCAUUGGAAUCGACCUCGGCACGACGUACUCAUGCGUGGGUUACUGGAAAUAUGAUCGAGUUGAGAUUAUAACUAAUGAUCAGGGCAACAGGACAACUCCAUCCUACGUUGCUUUUACCGAAAACGAACGUUUGAUUGGUGAUGCUGCUUACAAUCAAGUUGCGUUGAAUCCGGUCAACACUGUCUUCGAUGCCAAGAGGUUGAUCGGCAGGAAAUUCAACGAUGAGACAGUACAGAGCGACAUGAAACUCUGGCCAUUUAAGGUUGUUUCCGGCACCAAUGAAAGGCCGAUGAUUGUGGUCACCUACAAAGGUGAAAAAAAGCAAUUCGCACCGGAAGAAAUAUCUUCAAUGGUUCUAACACAAAUGAAACACAUUGCCGAAACCUACAUUGGGUCAGAGGUGAAAGAUGCAGUUGUGACCGUCCCUGCCUAUUUCGAUCAUUCUCAGCGUCAGGCAACCAUAGAUGCCGGAGAAAUCGCCGGCAUUAAUGUAUUGCGCAUCAUCAACGAACCAACUGCGGCUGCCAUUGCCUAUGGCCUCGACAAUAGUUCCAGCAUCACGGGGAAGAGGAAUGUUCUUAUCUUUGACCUCGGAGGAGGUACUUUUGAUAUCUCAAUUCUCGCCAUCAAAAUUGGCAACAUUGAAGUAAAAGCUACAGCUGGUGACACUCACCUUGGUGGGGAGGAUUUCGAUAACCGAAUGGUGGACCACUUCAUCAAAGAAUUCAAGAGAAAGCACGGUAAAGAUAUAAGUGGAAAUCCGAAAUCAAUGAGGAGGUUAAGAACAGCUUGCGAGAGAGCAAAGAGGAUCCUUUCAUCUUCAGCUGAGACAAGAAUCGAUAUUGAUUCCUUGUUCGAAGGGAUUGACUUUUCGGCAACCAUUACCCGUCCUAAAUUUGAGGAAUUGAACUCAGAUUUGUUCUCCAGGUGCAUGGAAACAGUUGAAAAAUGCUUGGCAGAUGCCAAGAUGACUAAGUAUUCAGUGGAUGAUGUUGUCAUGGUGGGCGGUUCCAGCCGGAUUCCAAAGGUUCAACAGAUGUUACAGGAGAUGCUGAAUGGAAAGGAACUUUGCAGAAACAUCAAUCCCGAUGAGGCUGUAGCCUAUGGCGCAGCUGUUCAAGCCGCUAUCUUGAGCGGCCAGGGGAAUGAGAAGGUUCAGGACCUUGUACUGGUGGAGGUGACUCCAUUAUCUUUAGGUAUCGAAACUACCGGACAAGUUAUGGAUGUUUUGAUUCCUAGGAAUACCACUAUCCCUACCAAAAGAGUAGGGAAUUUCACAACUCGAAAAGACAAUCAGACAAGUGUGUUAUUUGAAGUGUUUGAGGGUGAAAGGGCAAUAUCAAGAGACAACAAAUUGUUGGGUAAAUUCACACUGACAGGGGUUCAAAAUGCCCCAAGAGGAGUCCCUAAACUCGAGGUUACCUUUGAUCUGCAAGCCAAUGGCCUUUUGAAUGUAUCUGCGCGGGAUAAAAUCACAGGUCAUCAGAAAAGCAUCAUAAUCUCCAGCGGAAGGUUGUCAAGGGAUGAGAUUGAUAUGAUGAUAAAGGAAGCUAACAAGUUUAAGAUGGAAGACGAAAAGCACAGGAAGAAGAAUGCAGCGAGGUAUUCCUUUGAGAACUACAUUUUUCAGAUGAGGGAUCACUUAAACUUCAACCUGAUGUCUUCUUCCGAGAGAAAGAAAGCUGAAGAAGCCAUGAAGAAGGCCUUCCAAUGGUUGGAUGCAAGGGAGGAACUAGCCGAGGUUUAUGAAUACGAUGAGAAAAAGAAGGAACUGAUGCGCAUCUGGAAACCACCAAGUACCGAAGCUGGGGAGAGCGGUAGCGCAUCACCACUGCGAAGGUUUAUGAGUAAGUUUGGCAAGAGUCGCGGUCGCUGAUGGAGCUGAAAUUCAGGCUGUAUGAGCUAUAUAUUGUGUGUUACAUAAUUCCUUUAAAGUACAUACUGAUCUUGUUAAUCUUGUUUCCCAAAAAGUUGCUGAAGACCAGUGUUCGAGUGCAUUAUGAGGGCUCUAUGGAUCAUCAGCUUUACCAAUGAAUGAUUCAGAGAAAAAUAAAUAUACUGUACAUUUCAAAGUUUAUUUACUUGAAGAAUUCUCUCUGUUCUUGUAUACUGUAUUCCGUGUUCAUUCAUCGGCUAAUUCAUACAUACAUAAUUCUUUAUUUGCGAAUUGAAC